AUGCAGAAGAUUCAACUGUUUCGAAGGCUUCAAAAUAUUCUUCUGAUGGGAAGAGUGGCAGAUGAUCAUUCACAUGCUCCAGAGCCGCUACCUACUGGCCGUAGUGGAGCUACAGAUAGGGAUGAAGUCGAAGAAAAUGAGAAGGCGCAGAUGGCAAGGAAAAGAGAACAUUCUACCAAGAUAGAGAUACGGAUAGAUCAAACAACUAAAAGGAUUGAUAAAAAGUUGAAGGAUUUGGACAAUUUGUCUAUUAAAUCGUGUACCAUAUUCAAAGUAAAUGUAGGGCUACGUGAAUCAAAUCCAGAUGCUUAUACACCAAAGAUGGUCUCUAUUGGUCCUUACUAUAAGAAAAAUUCUCAACUUGGUCCAAUGGAAAAGUACAAACUAAUGUACCUACGACGGUUUCUUCAACGGAAAGAGAGGCUUGAUGUGAAACGUUGCAUCGGUGAAUUGCUGAAACUGAAGGAGGAAGCACUAAAGUGUUACGAAGAUAUACAAGACAAUAGUCAAUUUUGCGAAAUGUUGUUGCUUGAUGGUUGUUUUGUGGUUGAGUUUAUUCGAGAGCGUUGUAAUCUGCGUCCAGAAGAAGAAGCAAGGAUUAUCAUUACUAAUCGUGCAAGUUACAUAUUUCGAGACUUGAUGUUACUAGAAAAUCAACUUCCUUUCUUUGUCCUCAACCAACUUCAUUCCAUGACAAAGCAAAAUAAUGAAUCAUCAUUGGUAAUAUUAGUGAAUAAAUUGUUUCGCCGUUUUGCUGAAAUGCUAAAAAAGACCAGUGCAUCGUUUAGCGAGACGGAAUGUAAUAAUAUUGGAAGUAUCAAACAUUUACUUCAUUUACUACACAUAUUUUCAUGUAAUCCCAUGAAAAAGUCAAACAAUGACAAAACUUGUCAUAUGGUUUUACCAAAUGCAACAGAGCUUUCCGAAGCUGGAGUUAACUUUGCAAAGGUCAGUGAUAUGACAAGUUUAUUGGAUAUAAAGUUCGAGAAAGGAUUGAUGACAAUUCCUUGUUUUCAAGUCGAAGAUGGUACAGAAACCCUCCUGCGAAAUCUCAUUGCUUAUGAGCAACAAUCAUCUGAUGUGCGGUCUAUAUAUUUCAGUGAUUAUGCAAUUUUCAUGGAUCAUCUUAUCGACUCAGACAAAGAUGUGAGUUUACUUCGCCAGAAAGGAAUCAUAGUGAACUGGACAGCAGAUGACAAACAAGUGGCUAGCCUCUUCAACAAACUCGGAAAUGGGGUCACUACGUAUCCCGACUUCUAUUACAAAGAAGAAUUCAGACUAGCAGUUGAAUAUAGUGAAAAACCAUGGAACAGAAUGAAGGCAAAUUUGAAGCAUAAUUAG